CUUUCUUUCUAGUUUUGGUUUGAAUCUUUCAGGCAGAAGUGGGGGGUUUGGAGGUCUCCCCUCACCAUGGAUCACUCUCUGUUCGGUUGCCUCCGCAGCCCCCACGCCCCCCCUCAGGGUCUGCACCCCGCCAUCACCUCCUCACCUUUGACCCUGCACGGCCGGAGUGACCACAUCUCUUACCUGGACCUACCCAGCUCCUCGCCGCCUUGCAGCUUCUCUCCAGGUGAGGAUAAUGGAGUCUUCAGCGCCCCAGCACAUCGAGCUCACCUGUCCCAGCAGCCCCCGCCCGGCUGGCCCGCCCCCCUGCAGAUGUCCUCACAGAACACUCGACACGGCGUCUGUCUGCCUCCGCUCGAGGCCUCGGCCCCAGAACUUUGCUCAGAAAGCUCAAACCUGUGCAGAACAAACCCAGGUUUGGACCGUGGAGACCAAACGGGCGUAUCAGUGGAUUAUGGACAGGAGGGUCUAUCCUCUGAGGAUGCAGAGAGAAGGAGCAGUAAAGGACAGAGUGAAAUAACAGAGUCCCUGGACGGGAGCUAUAAGUCAGACAUGAACAGCAAGCCGAGGAAGGAUCGCACGGCCUUCACCAAAGAACAGAUCCGAGAGCUGGAGUCGGAGUUCGCUCACCACAACUAUCUGACCCGACUGAGACGCUACGAAAUCGCCGUCAACCUCGACCUCACUGAAAGACAAGUAAAAGUUUGGUUCCAGAACAGGAGGAUGAAGUGGAAGCGUGUAAAAGGAGGCCAGCAGGGGGCAGCGGCACGGGAGAAAGAACUGGUGAAUGUAAAAAAAGGGACGUUACUGCCGUCUGAGUUUUCGGGGAUCAUAGGGUUGCAACGCUCAUCGAGCCCGCCGAGGACGACCACCGAGGAGGACAGUCAGGACAGCGACCAGAGCUCCCAGCAGCUUCAGCUAUGACUGAUAAUGGUGCUACUGGGCAAGACAGACGCCACAGACACACCGGUGAGAAGCAAAACAAAAAAUCACAUAUAGAGCUUCCUGAGAGGAAAGACUGUAAAGUGUGAUCAUUCCAGAGAUGCUUUAAAUUGAAGAAAGGACUUUUUGCACUGUGACCUUUAAUGUCAAAUUCUUCUCCAACAACAAAUUAAACAUCCAAAUGUUUCUACAAUGAAGUGCACUCCUUCUGUUGAAUUUCAAUAAUUUAUCAGUCAAAGGCUGUAACCUCUUUCAAUCCAAACCUUCUCAUGUGAGUUUUUACAUUAUGAAAUAAUGUAAAUGGAGUUUUUAUUAUUAUCUUAAUUUGCUUCUCACCUUGA